AUGUCCUCCCCAAGACACCCCCAGGGCUUUGUCCCGCCCACCCAGGCCGACCUGGACGAACUUCGCGAGCGCGUGCAAGAAUUCACCCGGCGCGAGAUCAAUCCCGAUGUCGCCGCCGCAGUCGACAGGACCAACAACUUCCCCCCAGAGAUGUGGGCUAAGCUGGGUGAUGCGGGCUUCUUGGGCAUCACGGCGGAUGAGGACGUCGGCGGCCUGGCCCUGGGCUACCAGGCGCACUGUGUGGUCAUGGAGGAGCUGUCGCGCGCCUCUGGUUCCAUAGCACUCAGCUACGCCGCCCACAGCCAGCUGUGCGUCAACCAGCUGCAGCUCAAUGGCUCGGCUGACCAGAAGGCCCGCUUUCUGCCCGGGCUGAUCGCCGGCGAGAAGGUCGGCGCCCUGGCUAUGAGCGAGAGCGGCGCCGGCAGCGACGUUGUGAGCAUGCGCACCACGGCCAAGAAGGUUGAUGGUGGCUACGUCCUGGACGGGAGCAAGAUGUGGAUCACCAACGGCCCUGACGCACACUUCAUCGUCGUGUACGCCAAGACGGAGCCUGACGCCGGGAGCAAAGGCAUCACGGCCUUUAUCGUCGAGACAGAAGGCGCCAAGGGCUUCGCGUGCGCGAGGAAGCUCGACAAGAUGGGCAUGCGGGGCAGCAACACUGGCGAGCUGGUCUUUGACGGCGUGUUCGUGCCGGAUGCCAAUGUGCUGGGCAAAAUUAACGGCGGCGUGCGCGUGCUGAUGGAGGGCCUCGACCUCGAAAGGCUGGUGCUCAGCGCAGGGCCCUUGGGUCUGAUGCAGGCGGCCCUGGACGUGGCGCUUCCCUUUGCCCACACUAGAAAGCAGUUUGGCCAGCCCAUAGGCACCUUUCAGGCCGUGCAGGGCAGGCUGGCGGAUAUGUACACAAAGUACCAGGCGAGCAGGGCCUACACGUACGCCACAGCCAGGGUGGUCGAUGAGGAAGGGGUCAUCAGGACGCAGGACUGUGCGGGUGCUAUCCUCUAUGCGGCGGAGAGAGCGACAGAGUGUGGCCUUGACUGCAUACAGGUGCUCGGUGGGAUGGGCUACGUGGAAGAAAUGCCCGCCUCGAGGAUAUUGAGAGAUGCAAAACUCUACGAGAUUGGUGCUGGCACAUCAGAGGUGAGGCGCAUGGUGAUAGGCCGGGCUUUCAACAAGGAAUAUGCGAGCUACUCUAGGUGAUAAAAUGAUAGACCUGGGACAAAGGGGAAAGAAGAGUUCAUUACUUGCCUUGACCAUCUUGUCGAAAUCCCGUCUAGAACAUGCAAGUGAGCGAUCACUGCAAGCGAAUGUCCUCGAAGCCAUGAAAAUAUGAGCCCAAAUAAUCAC